AUGUUUGAUGCCGUUCGUGCCACGACGAAGGAGACUGACAGACUCUUCGCAAACAGUUCGUACACUUGGUCAACUUAUGCGAUCUCCACCGAUGGAACAGGUCGGUUGCCAUCCGAUUCUGUGAAUCUCCUGGGAAUGUUGGGUCAUGUUCCAGCCUAUGUGGAUUUCCGCAAAGAACCAGUUCCUUCGCGAGUCAAAUUAGAGCCCAUGGAGUACGACGACAUCAGAGAAUUAUGGGUUCCUGGGAGCUCUGCGUGGAGAACAACAAAUGGCCAGUGCGAUCUUCAAGAGAAGAUCAUAUCACAACGCCUGCUCCUGGGAAUCUCUUCCCCUGCUACGCUCUCUUUCACUGCUGCUGAUGAUCGGUUCAAAAAUUGGCCCGGCGUUGAAAAUAUUGAUCAGCCAGUAAGGGGUAACUGCAUUGCAAUACUGACGCUUGCCUGGUGCUAUAUUCUGUCCGCGAAAUGGGUGGAGAUGCAACCGCCUAGUCACUUGAACAGAGAUCCCGAACCCGCCGGCUUGGAACGGCCGGCGUAUCUCGACGAUACAGCACGAUUCGGUGUGGGUGACACUGCUGCCCGCUCUGAUUUUGUGCACGUUGAUCUAGGAGGAAUCAGCGACGACGCCGCACGGUGGUGGGCUGCCAUCCUUGCUCCGGAGACUGGGUGGGAAGCUGCGAUCGUUUGCUCCGGAAAGAAAUACCUCUCCCCAUGGUCAAUUCGUAUCCGGGCCCGGGAAUCCUUCGUCUUGUCGAGAACCGAAGCAACAUCACAAGAACGAGUGCCGAAAUCCUUCAGAAACGCUCAACAAAUUCCUCCAUCCUACACAAUGGCUUUACAAUACCUGUCUGAAUUCUGCUCCCACCAUGGAGUUUCCGGUCAAUGCUUUGCGGCUCUCGCAACCGCUUUACUUAUCCCCUUCCAAGGCCGACUACGCCAGCUUCAUCUCCCAAGGCCAAAUAUCGAGCCCACUUUCGGAGUUCCCCCUUCGUCUACUUCUUUCGAUGAUAACUUGCAGCAGCAGGCUCAGCUUCUUCCAUUCUACAUGUCGAUCAGCUGCAACACUCAAGGUAUUAGGCCCCUCUUGCAUGGCCCCUUCUACGAACCCAGUUUGUCAUGCAACCUUGUUGGUGCAUGGUUGGAUGGGGCUCUCGAGACGAUUGAUUCUAUCAUUCAACUUCGUGACUAUUCCAAACUGGCAACCGUGAUGUGCAGACGACAGCCCAGGAUUGCGCCGUUGUGGCUUGGAGCUAUCAUUCUCGGCAUUGAAAAUCAAUUUCUUCAGCCUGUACGUGCCGGCAUGUUUGCAAUCGACCUGAACUCAGCUGCUUGGACCAAUACUUCUCACUCGUUCACUGGUCCGAGGCAGCAUAUCCCUUCAAGUUCGCACGGUUCAGAGAUCAGUCGCGCUGAUGAGUGCCGACUUCUUUACAUUGCGCAACCUGAUCACAGCAGAAUCCCGGUGUGUCCGUGGGAACCAUUUGGAUACACAGAUCUACAAGACGUCGAUAUUGAGGUCCGAGAACAUGCCCACUGCGCUGGAAAACACUGUUUACAGUAUGAGAGCUGGGCUUGGGAUUUACGAGACGGCAGCAAAAGUGCACCGGAUCGUGGUUUCAUCCCCAAUGAUGGGUUGAUUGACACUAAUGAGACGGCAUGUGACCUGCUGGUCAACCCUCACGUUCAGCACAGGUCUAGUGCAUCAGAAAGCCAGGCCGAAAUUGCCACUCGAAGUAUAUUCAGCUGGCUACGAUUGAAUGGAUAUCCUUUGCGAGAACGAGAAAUCUGGAUGCAUCCCUGGCUCAAUAUCGACGACUCUGAUGACGAGGAGAGUGACGAUCCGGCCGAAAGCACCGACGCAGACAGCGAAAGGAGGUCAACUAUUGAGAAGUGGGUAUCGAAUGCUGCUGGCAAAUAG